AUGCGCUACACCUGGAAGCUCAGCACUCAGAAGGCGAUAGUCCUGGGCGCCACCUGCGCGUCGGGCGCCGGCCGAACCCGUUCGGGUGAGCGAGCUCCGGCCGAGCCGCGGCCCCACUCCGCACUACCUGGCCGCCCCGGGGGGUGCCAGCCCACAGCGCCCCGUGCGGCACCCCCCGCACAGCCCCUGCCCUCCCACCUGCGCCGCGCGCCCGCCGCUCCGCGCUCCCGGGCCGGGCGGCUCGGCCUCGCUCGCUCCCGCGCACUCGGCGCAGAGCGCGCGCGCCCGCCGCUCCGCCCGCCCCCCGCGCUCUCCCCGCCCCCUCCCUCCCCCGCAGGCACGAGCGAAUGUAGCCCGCGAGAGAAAAUGGCGGCGGCGGCGGCGGCGGCGAGCGAUCGCGCCUCGUCGUCGGGAUUCCCGGGCGCCGGGGCGGCGAGCCCCGAGGCGGGCGGAGGCGGCGGAGCUCUCCAGGGAAGCGGCGCGCCCGCGGCGGGCGCGGGGCUGCUGCGGGAGUCAGGCAGCGCGGGCCGGGAGCGCGCGGACUGGCGGCGGCGGCAGCUGCGCAAAGUGCGGAGCGUGGAGCUGGACCAGCUGCCGGAGCCGCCGCUCUUCCUCGCCGCCUCGCCGCCCUGCCCAUCUACUUCCCCGUCGCCGGAGCCCGCCGACGCGGCGGCGGCAGGAACGAGCGGCUUCCAGCCCGCGGCGGGACCGCCACCCCCGGGAGCGGCGAGUCGCUGCGGCACCCACUCCGCGGAGCUGGCGGCCGCGCGGGACAGCGGCGCCCGGAGCCCGGCGGGGGCCGAGUCGCCGGCUGCAGCGGCCCCCUCCGGUCGAGAGAUGGAGAAUAAAGAAACCCUCAAAGGGCUGCACAAGAUGGAGGAUCGGCCAGAGGAGCGGGUGAUCAGGGAGAAGCUGAAGGCGACCUGCAUGCCUGCCUGGAAGCACGAGUGGCUGGAGAGGAGAAACAAGAGAGGGCCUGUGGUGGUAAAACCGAUCCCUAUUAAGGGAGAUGGAUCUGAAAUGAAUAACUUGUCAGCUGAGCCUCAAGGAGAGGGCCAAGCGAGCUCCUCUUCACCAGCCCCCAAAGGCCGGCGCAGCCCGUCACCCGGCAGCUCCCCGUCAGGGCGCUCAACAAAGCCGGAAUCCCCAGGAGUGAGACGGAAACGGGUCUCCCCAGUGCCUUUUCAGAGCGGCAGGAUCACACCGCCCCGGAGAGCCCCGUCACCAGAUGGCUUCUCACCGUACAGCCCAGAGGAGACGACCCGCCGCGUGAACAAAGUGAUGAGAGCCAGGCUGUACCUCCUGCAGCAGAUAGGGCCCAACUCAUUUCUCAUUGGAGGAGACAGUCCCGACAAUAAAUACCGCGUGUUUAUUGGGCCACAGAACUGCAGCUGCGGCCGCGGAGUGUUCUGCAUCCACCUGUUGUUCGUUAUGCUCCGUGUGUUUCAGCUGGAGCCCUCCGACCCGAUGUUAUGGAGAAAAACUUUAAAAAACUUUGAGGUUGAGAGUUUGUUCCAGAAAUACCACAGUAGGCGUAGCUCAAGAAUCAAAGCUCCUUCUCGGAACACCAUCCAGAAGUUUGUCUCACGCAUGUCAAAUUCUCACACAUUGUCAUCAUCUAGCACGUCCACAUCUAGUUCAGAAAACAGCAUCAAGGACGAAGAGGAGCAGAUGUGUCCCAUCUGCCUGUUGGGCAUGCUGGAUGAGGAGAGCCUGACCGUGUGUGAAGACGGCUGCAGGAACAAGCUCCACCACCACUGCAUGUCCAUCUGGGCAGAAGAAUGUAGAAGAAAUAGAGAGCCUUUAAUAUGUCCCCUUUGUAGAUCUAAAUGGAGAUCCCAUGACUUCUACAGCCACGAGCUGUCAAGCCCGGUGGAUUCCCCCGCCUCCCUGCGAGCUGUGCAGCAGCCAGCAUCACCGCAGCCCGUGGCUGGAUCACAGCGAAGGAACCAAGAAAGCAACUUUAACCUUACUCACUACGGGACUCAGCAGAUCCCUCCUGCUUACAAAGACCUAGCUGAGCCGUGGAUUCAGGUGUUUGGAAUGGAACUCGUUGGCUGCUUAUUUUCUAGAAACUGGAAUGUAAGAGAGAUGGCCCUCAGGCGUCUUUCCCACGAUGUCAGCGGGGCCCUGCUGCUGGCCAAUGGGGAGAGCACUGGAAAUUCUGGAGGCGGCAGUGGAGGCAGCUUGAGUGCUGGAGCCUCCAGUGGGUCGUCCCAGGCCAGCAUCUCAGGGGACGUGGUGGAGGCGUGCUGCAGCAUCUUAUCUAUAGUCUGUGCUGACCCUGUCUACAAAGUGUACGUUGCUGCUUUAAAAACACUGCGAGCCAUGCUGGUAUAUACUCCUUGCCACAGUCUGGCAGAAAGAAUCAAACUUCAGAGGCUCCUCCGGCCGGUUGUAGACACCAUCCUCGUCAAGUGCGCAGAUGCCAAUAGCCGCACGAGUCAGCUGUCCAUAUCAACACUGUUGGAGCUCUGCAAGGGCCAAGCAGGAGAGUUGGCAGUCGGUAGAGAAAUACUCAAAGCUGGAUCCAUUGGUGUUGGUGGUAUUGACUAUGUCUUAAGUUGUAUUCUUGGAAAUCAAGCCGAGUCAAACAACUGGCAAGAACUCCUGGGCCGCCUUUGUCUCAUAGACAGACUACUGCUGGAGUUUCCUGCUGAAUUUUACCCUCAUAUCGUCAGUACCGACGUCUCACAAGCUGAGCCUGUUGAAGUCAGGUAUAAGAAGCUGCUGUCCCUGCUGACCUUCGCCUUGCAGUCCAUUGACAAUUCCCACUCGAUGGUUGGCAAACUCUCUCGAAGGAUAUAUCUGAGUUCUGCAAGGAUGGUGACCGCAGUGCCCACCGUGUUUUCCAAGCUCUUGACAAUGGUGACGGCUUCUGGCUCCACUCACUUCCCCAGGAUGCGCCGGCGUUUGAUAGCCAUUGCAGAUGAGGUUGAAAUUGCUGAGGUCAUCCAGCUGGGUGUGGAAGACCCUUCGGACAGCCAACAGGACGGCUUCCUGCAGGCGUUGGCCCCUGCCAGCUCUCCAGAGAACAGUUCCCUUGAGCACACAGUCCAUUUAGAGAAGACUGGAAAAGGAUUAUGUGCUGCGAGACUGAGCGCCAGUUCGGAGGAUGUUUCUGACAGACUGGCUGUCAUGUCUGUAGGACUUCCUAGUCCAGCCGCGACAGAACAACCAAAGCCAAUGGUUCAAACAAAAGGCAGACCCCACAGUCAGUGUUUGAACUCCUCCCCUUUGUCUCACCCCCAGUUAAUGUUUCCAGCAGCAUCGACCCCUUGCUCGUCUGCCCCGUCUGUCCCAGCUGGCUCUGUAACAGAUGUUUCUAAGCAUAGACCUCAGGCAUUUGUUCCCUGCAAAAUACCUUCUGCAUCUCCUCAAACACAACGCAAGUUUUCUCUACAGUUCCAGAGGACCUGCUCUGAAAACAGAGACUCAGAUAAACUCUCCCCAGUCUUCACUCAGUCAAGACCCCUGCCCUCCAGUAACAUACACAGGCCAAAGCCAUCUCGUCCCGUCCCGGGUAGUACAAGCAAACUAGGGGACACCUCAAGAAACAGCAUGACGCUUGAUCUGAACAGUGCUUCCAAGUGUGAUGACAGCCUCGGCAGUGGCAGCAACAGUGGUAACGCCGUCAUACCCAGUGACGAGACAGUGUUCACCCCUGUGGAGGACAAGUGCAGACUGGAUGUCAACACUGAGCUCAAUUCCAGCAUCGAGGACCUUCUUGAAGCCUCUAUGCCGUCAAGUGACACAACAGUCACUUUUAAGUCCGAAGUUGCUGUCCUCUCUCCCGAAAGGGCAGAAAACGAUGACACCUACAAAGAUGACGUCAGCCAUAAUCAAAAGUGCAAAGAAAAGAUGGAAGCGGAAGAAGAAGAAGCUUUAGCAAUUGCCAUGGCAAUGUCAGCAUCUCAAGAUGCCCUCCCCGUAGUUCCUCAGCUACAGGUCGAGAACGGAGAAGAUAUUAUCAUCAUCCAGCAGGAUACACCAGAAACUCUACCAGGACAUACCAAAGCAAAACAACCUUACAGAGAGGACAGCGAAUGGCUGAAAGGCCAGCAGAUAGGCCUUGGAGCGUUUUCUUCUUGUUACCAAGCACAAGAUGUGGGGACUGGAACUUUAAUGGCGGUUAAACAGGUGACUUACGUCAGAAACACAUCUUCUGAGCAGGAGGAGGUGGUGGAAGCGCUGAGGGAAGAGAUCAGAAUGAUGGGCUGCCUGAACCAUCCAAACAUCAUCAGGAUGCUGGGCGCCACCUGCGAGAAAAGCAACUACAACCUCUUUAUUGAGUGGAUGGCGGGAGGAUCUGUGGCUCAUCUCUUGAGUAAAUACGGAGCUUUCAAGGAGUCAGUCGUCAUUAACUAUACCGAGCAGCUACUCCGUGGCCUUUCGUAUCUCCAUGAAAACCAGAUCAUUCACAGAGACGUCAAAGGUGCCAAUCUGCUCAUCGACAGCACAGGGCAGCGGCUGAGGAUCGCAGACUUUGGAGCUGCUGCCAGGUUGGCAUCAAAAGGAACCGGCGCAGGAGAGUUCCAGGGACAGUUACUGGGGACAAUUGCGUUUAUGGCGCCCGAGGUACUAAGAGGUCAGCAGUAUGGUAGGAGCUGUGAUGUAUGGAGUGUUGGCUGCGCUAUUAUAGAAAUGGCCUGUGCAAAACCACCGUGGAACGCAGAAAAACACUCCAAUCAUCUUGCCUUGAUAUUUAAGAUCGCUAGUGCAACCACUGCUCCGUCCAUCCCAUCCCAUCUGUCCCCAGGCCUGCGCGACGUGGCGCUGCGCUGUUUAGAACUUCAACCUCAGGACAGGCCCCCAUCAAGAGAGCUGCUGAAGCACCCCGUCUUCCGUACUACGUGGUAGUCAGUUGUUCAGAUC